AUGAAGGUUAAUGCUAAUUUAUACUCAUUCUUUGAAUAUUAUUUCAUUCCUCCUUUAUUUGAUAAUUUGAGUCUUGAGGCUCAACAGUAUGGUUCUGAGCCUAGCAUUGUCACAGACAUGUAUAAUUACAAAAAUGAAAUUGACAAUGUUAUUAAUACUCAUAAUGAAGAGAAAUCCAAUAAUAAUAUAGAAUAUGAAAGUACAAAGUUAGAUGUGUUAAAAUUAACUAUGAGCAUGAAAUUCAACAUAUGGAAAAUCACUAAGUCAUAUCUUGAGGAUUGUGCUAAACAAGAAGAGUUCUGUUUUUUGCUUGGAGUUAGAAUAAAUAGUAUAAUAGAUGAACAUAAUCAUUCUAAGAACCUGUUAAUUGUAGAAACAGCACCAAAAUUUUAUCAUUUACCUAAUGACAUGCUUGAAAAAGUUAAGUUUUGGACUAUUAAAGGAAGGCUAAGUAUGACUGCACAAUAUAAUCUACUAGCAGCAUCAUUUUCUAAUAAGAAGAUAGAUAAAAAGGACUUAAGCAAUGCAAUACAAUGCUAUAAGAAGCAGCUAAAACUCCCAAAGGAUGAUGCAUAUUAA